AUUUGUAAUUUUGUUGUGAUAAAAAAAUCGAAUUGAUGGAAAAUUGAGACAGCUAAGCUCCAUCCUCCACUUUUCACUCCCACCAGAUCGCGUCUUCUUCCUCCACUAUUGGUGUUGUUGUUGUUUCAGAGUUAAGUGUUUGCUGGACAAAAGCAGGAGAAUAAAAACAUGUCUAACUUUUACAAUCAGACGAGAGCAGCCUCGUCUCUGAUGAGACGCCUUAAACGAAGCGUCAUCAAUCCAACUGCUGUCAGUCGCGCUAGAUGUUUCACCACCACCGAGGGCCACCGACCUACCCUUGUCCACAAGCGCAGCCUCGAUAUCCUCCACGAUCCAUGGUUCAACAAGGGAACAGCAUUUUCCAUGACGGAACGAGAUCGUCUGGAUCUUCGUGGCCUGCUUCCUCCAAAUGUAAUGUCUUCCGAACAGCAAAUUGAACGCUUCAUGGUUGAUUUGAAGAGACUUGAAGUUCAAGCUAGAGAUGGACCAUCUGAUCCCAAUGCGCUUGCCAAGUGGCGGAUACUUAAUCGCUUGCAUGACAGAAAUGAGACUAUGUACUACAAGGUUCUAAUUGCCAACAUCGAGGAAUAUGCUCCUAUUGUUUAUACUCCAACUGUCGGUCUUGUUUGCCAGAACUAUAGUGGUCUGUUUAGAAGGCCUCGAGGAAUGUACUUUAGUGCAGAAGAUCGGGGAGAAAUGAUGUCUAUGGUUUACAACUGGCCUGCUGAUCAGGUUGAUAUGAUUGUUGUCACAGAUGGAAGCAGAAUAUUGGGUCUUGGAGACCUUGGAGUUCAGGGAAUUGGAAUUGCUAUAGGGAAGCUGGAUUUGUAUGUUGCUGCUGCUGGUAUCAAUCCUCAGAGGGUACUUCCUGUCAUGAUUGAUGUUGGGACUAACAAUGAGAAGUUGCUCAAAAACCCCUUGUACUUGGGGCUUCAACAACACCGCCUUGAUGGUGAUGAGUAUAUUGCAGUGAUCGAUGAAUUUAUGGAGGCAGUUUUUACUCGUUGGCCAAAUGUGAUUGUGCAGUUUGAAGAUUUCCAGAGCAAGUGGGCCUUCAAGUUAUUGCAGCGUUACAGAAAUGCACACAGGAUGUUCAAUGAUGAUGUCCAGGGAACGGCUGGGGUUGCAAUUGCUGGUCUUCUUGGAGCUGUAAGAGCACAGGGAAGGCCAAUGAUUGACUUUCCUAAGCAAAAGAUUGUUGUUGCUGGUGCUGGAAGUGCAGGAAUAGGGGUUGUCAAUGCUGCAAGGAAAACAAUGGCAAGGAUGUUAGGAAAUACUGAGCAUGCUUUUGAUAGUGCAAAGAGUCAAUUCUGGGUUGUUGAUGCUAAUGGUCUCAUAACUGACGAACGUGAAAAUAUUGAUCCAGACGCCCUGCCAUUUGCAAGGAACACUAAUGAAGCUGGUCGUCAAGGAUUAAGGGAGGGUUCAAGUCUUGUGGAAGUGGUGCGGCAAGUGCGGCCUGAUGUGCUUCUUGGGUUGUCUGGUGUUGGAGGAUUGUUCUCCAAAGAGGUGUUGGAGGCUCUUAAAGGUUCGACUUCAGCUAAACCAGCUAUCUUUGCAAUGUCAAACCCUACAAAAAAUGCUGAGUGCACCCCAGAGGAAGCUUUCUCGAUUGUAGGCGACAACAUUAUAUUUGCAAGUGGAAGUCCAUUUAGAGAUGUUGAUCUUGGAAAUGGUCAAAUUGGGCAUAGCAACCAAGGAAACAACAUGUAUCUCUUUCCAGGUAUUGGCCUUGGAACUCUUCUGUCUGGCUCUAGGAUCAUUUCGGAUGGCAUGCUACAGGCUGCAGCAGAACGUCUGGCUGCCUACAUAACAGAAGAUGAAGUUCUCAAGGGCAUGAUAUUCCCUCCAAUAUCAAAGAUAAGAGAUAUAACAAAGGAGGUAGCAGCAGCUGUGGUGAAGGAAGCUGUAGAAGAGGAUCUGGCAGAAGGAUAUCGUGACAUUGACGCUAGAGAGCUCCAAAAAAUAUGUCAGAACGAGGAGGAAGUUUUAGAAUAUGUGGAGAACAGCAUGUGGAGCCCAGAAUAUCCAACUCUAGUUUACAAAAGGGGCAUUGAUGGCUGAUGAUGAACUGGAGACCGACAAACGGUAAUUAUUUAUGCAGGAAUGGAUUGUCUACUGUUCUUUGUGCUAACUUCACACCGACUGAGAUUGGCCUUUAUCAUUUGUAUUAGGGCUGAGCUUUAAGAAUGUGAAUGGCAGGCUGUGAUUUUCGCACCUCUGUCCAUUAUAUAGUCAAUAUUUAUUACUCCCUAAAAUCUGUUUGUAAACCUUAUUUAUCAGAAGUAUCUCGACAUUAACGGGAGUGGAGUUUUAUUGAAAAAUUUGUGCUGUGAAAUUUAUCUAAAGUUAUAAGUAUGCAAUGAUGGUGUUAUUUUGACA